AUGGACGAUGUGGAAGUACCGUUUAAGGAUCUUCUUGAACACAAACAUCCGGAAGUGUACGAGUAUUUAAAAAAUGCCGUGCGAAUGCUUCAGCGGCAACAAAAUUUGUUGGCCAAGAUAAAGAACAGCAAUCCGAUCGACUUCAAGAAAUCAAACAUUAAAACCGAAGGCUCUGACAAAAAUGCUGAAAUAGUUAACAACACCAAAAGCAUUAAAAAAAACGAAAUAGAAGUUAAAAAUCAAUCAAAUAAAAAUUCUGAUGGUGUAGCAGAUAGUAUUGAAAAAUUGGAAUAUGUUAAGAAAUCUGAAAAUUUAGAAGUUGUUAACCCAGAAAAAACAGAAUCUGAAAUUAAAGAAGAAGGAGAAUGUAGUGAAGACGAAGAAAAAUCUAAAGAUUCAAAACAAGUCAAUCAGUAUAGAUUGGGAGAAAGCCGUUUUAUAUUAGAAGAAACUACUGGAAUGUAUUAUGACCAAGUGACUGGCUAUUAUUAUAAUUUAGAUAAUGGAUUAUUUUAUGAUGGAAACCAAGGUUGUUAUUAUUACUUUGAUGUAAUAGCACAGAAAUAUAGAUUACAUUCCCAGGUUCAUUCAGAUACACCUCAAUUACCUUCUAAUGAGCUCAAUGUAAAGAAACAAAAACAUACCCAAGACAUACCUGAAAGUAUUAGUGAGGUUAGUGAUUCAGAAAAUUCUGAAGACAGUGGUAAUUUAAUUAUUAAAGAAGACACAGAAGAAGAUACUGAAGCUAAUGAAAAAGAAAUUAAAGAUACUAUUACAAAAACUAUUGAAAAGAAACCUAAUGAAUGUCAGGAAGUGAAAGAAGAAUUAAGUGUUGAAAACAAGGCCAUUAAGGAUGAUAAGGAAGAACUCAAAUCCGAAGAUUGUCUUUGUCCACCUUCUACUUGUGAAAUUUUAGACAAGCGUUAUUUGAAUUUGUUGCAAUAUACAAAGUUAUUGCCAGCGCCUAAGAACAUAGUUCACAAAUUAACACCUGAUGGGAGUAAAGCAAAACAAUAUGCACAAAUAAGAAAUUGGUACACGGUCAAGCAUCAAUUAACUGCAAUUGAAUCAGAAAUUAUUCAGUAUGAUAAUCUAGUUUGGGAUCGAAUUGAACAAUACCUGUGUCAAAAUAAGAGGGAUGAUAAAAAUUCCAAUUGGAAAUCAUACAAAGAAGUUAAAGCUCACCUUUCUGAUACACAAACUAAAUUGAUUAAAUCAAAAGUUGUUGGAUGGCCUCCAUGUAUACGUAUUAUAAUAACAGAAUCCAAAGCAUGUAAUUCAUUGGUUGGUAAGCUAUUUUUAAUUACAUGUCCUGGUGGAACUAUAGGGCGUUCAACAAACAGAGAUGUAGUAGUACCUGAUGAUAAUGUUAGCAAGUUACAUGCUGAAAUAUCGUUUAUUGGUAAUGUAAACAAAGUUGGGAGAGGUCAUUAUAUUGUUAAAGAUAAAGGUAGUACAAAUGGCACAUUUUUGGAUGGUAAAAAACUAACAAAGCACUCGUCUUCAAGUGAACCUCGUCAUUUAGUCCAUGGCAGUGAACUAACUGUUGGUGACACCAAAUUUUUGUGUCAUAUUCAUGAUGGGAUGGAAACAUGUAAUUUGUGUGAACCUGGUAUACAAGCUCCUCCACCAGAAGAAAGUGUUAAAAAUGUUGUACCUCCAAAACGUAAAUAUGAUGAUGAAUUAAAAAGUUUAAAAGAAAAGUAUGGAUUGCUUGGCUGUGAACCACCAGAUGCUGUAUUACCAAAGGGAUAUAAAGAUAGAGCUGAUAAAAGAAGAAAAACAGUUGGAUCUCAAAAUGCAAAUGAGAAAACCGAAGUAGCUUGUGUAACACAACCAAUUCCUACAAAAAACAAAGGUUUCAAAUUAUUAGAAAAUAUGGGUUGGACACCUGGAAAAUCUUUGGGAUCUAGUAAUUCUGGAAUUAAAGAACCUAUUUCAAUGGAUGUUAGAGAUGAAAAGAUGGGACUUGGGUUUUCAACUAAUUUUAAUCAACCUGAACAACCCAAGACAAAUAUUUUAAUCAAACAAUCAAAAAUACGCUUUAACUUUGGUAAUAAAAGUAAUGUGCCAAUAAAAACGAAUCGUAUACAUUUUACUGAAGAUGAAACAUCAGAAGAAGAAAAAUAG